AUGCCUUACUAUGUAUUGACUGAGGGUGUGAUGCUUUACUAUGUAUUGACUGAUGGUGUGAAGCUUUACUAUAUAUUGACUGAUGGUGUGAUGCCUUACUAUGUGUUGACUGGUGGUGUGAUGCCUUACUAUGUGUUGACUGAUAGUUUGAUGCCUUACUAUGUAUUGACUGAGAGUGUGAUGCCUUACUAUGUGUUGACUGCUAGUGUGAUGCCUUACUUUGUGAUGACUGAGUGUGUGAUGCCUUACAAUGUGUGGACUGAGGGUGUGAUGCCUUACUAUGUGUUGACUGAGAGUGUGAUGCCUUACUAUGUGUUGACUGAUAGUGUGAUGCCUUACUUUGUGAUGACUGAGGGUGUGAUGCCUUACAAUGUGUGGUCUGAGAUUUUGAUGCCUUACAAUGUGUGGACUGAGAGUGUGAUAACUUACUAUGUGUUGACUGAUAGUUUGAUGCCUUACUAUGUAUUGACUGAGAGUGUGAUGCCUUACUAUGUGUUGACUGAUAGUGUGAUGCCUUACUAUGUGUUUACUGAUAGUGUGAUACCUUACUAUGUGUUGACUGAUAGUUUGAUGCCUUACUAUGUAUUGACUGAGAGUGUGAUGCCUUACUAUGUGUUGACUGAGGGUGUGAUGCCUUACAAUGUGUUGACUGAGAGUGUGAUGCCUUACAAUCUGUGGACUGAGGAUGUGAUGCCUUACUAUGUGUUGACUGAGGAUGUGAUGCCUUGCAAUGAGUUGACUGAUAUUUUGAUGCUUUACUAUGUAUUGACUGAGAGUGUGAUGCCUUGCUAUGUGUUGACUGAUAGUGUGAUGCCUACCUCUAUCAUGUUCCAUCGCACGACACAGUGA